GGAGAGGGGGGCCUCCUGAGGAGAAGUUGCCAGAGGGAGGGGGACACACGAAUGGGGCCAGUCAGGACUGGGACGCUCCGGGAGUAGGGAGCAGAGGCGACCAAGCCCCCUAUGUGGGCUGAUGAAAUUGAGAUGAUCAUGACGGACCUUGAAAGAGCCAAUCAGAGGGCAGAGAUAGCUCAAAGAGAAGCCGAGUCGCUGAGGGAGCAGCUCUCAUCUGCCAACAAAUCUCUCCAGCUGGCUACCCAGAUCCAGAAGGCACCAGAUGUGGAGCAAGCCAUUGAGGUGCUGACGCGGUCCAGCUUGGAAGUCGAGCUGGCUGCGAAGGAGCGCGAGAUCACACAGCUGGUUGAAGAUGUUCAGCGACUCCAAGGCAGCCUCACCAAGCUCAGAGAAAACUCCACCAGCCAGAUCUCCCAGCUAGAGCAGCAGCUGAUGGCCAAGAACAGCAUACUCAAACAACUGGAAGAAAAGCUGAAGGGGCAAGCGGACUAUGACGAGGUUAAGAAAGAAUUAAACAUCUUGAAGUCCAUGGAGUUUGCACCAUCUGACGGCUCCUGCACUCAGGAUGCCGCGUCCAAACCGCUGGAGGUUCUGCUGCUGGAGAAGAACCGCCUGCUGCAGUCGGAGAACGCCACGUUGCGGAUCACAAACAGCGACCUAAGUGGGUCAGCCAGGAGAAAAGGGAAAGACCAGCCUGAGAGUCAGCGUCCUGCAACUUUGCCGGCCUCUCCUCCUCCUCAGUUGCCCCGCAAUGCAGGGGAGCAGGUUUCCAAUACUAAUGGUACACACCAGUUCUCACCAACGGGUUUAAGUCAAGACUUUUUCAGCUCAUCUUUGGCAAGCUCCGGUUUACCCCUGGCUUCCACGGGAAAAUUUGCACUAAACUCUCUCCUCCAGCGCCAGCUCAUGCAAACCUUCUACUCCAAGGCCAUGCAGGAAGCAGGAAGCACAAGCAUGAUUUUCUCAGCAGGUCCCUACAGCACAAACUCCAUCUCUUCCCAAAGCCCCUUGCAACAAAGCCCGGCGGACAUCAAUGGCAUGGCGCCCUCGCCCAGCCAGUCCGAAAGCGCCGGCAGCGCCUCUGAAGGUGAGGAGAUUGACACGGCCGAGAUUGCGCGGCAGGUCAAGGAGCAGCUGAUCAAGCACAAUAUCGGGCAGCGGAUCUUUGGACACUACGUCCUGGGACUCUCGCAAGGCUCCGUGAGCGAGAUCCUGGCGCGGCCCAAGCCGUGGAACAAGCUGACCGUGAGAGGCAAGGAGCCCUUCCACAAGAUGAAGCAGUUCCUCUCCGACGAGCAGAACAUCUUGGCGUUGCGCAGCAUCCAGGGCAGGCAGAGAGAGAAUCCAGGCCAGAACCUGAACAGGCUAUUUCAGGAAGUACCGAAACGAAGAAAUGGGUCGGAAGGUAACAUCACCACCAGAAUCCGAACCACAGAGGCGAGCUCUGACAAAGCUAUCAAAUCCAUCCUAGAGCAAGCAAAAUGUGAGCUGCAGGUACAGAAAACAGCUGAGCCGGCUCUGCCCCCUUCCGCCUCUAGCUGCGGCGGUUCCGAUGAUGCCAUCCACUCCAUUCUCCAGCAAGCCCGACGUGAAAUGGAAGCACAGCAGGCCGCCCUCGAACCUGCCUUAAAAGCAACCCCCCUGUCCCAAGCAGAAGUCUCCAUCUUGUCCCCCAAACUGAUUCCUACACCUGCAGUGUCUUCGGUCACAAGUUACUCCCCCCUGGCCAUGUCCCUGAAGAAGCACGCAGCGUCUGUGGAUUCCAGCAUCUCCUCCCUGCAGACUCUCCCUGGUCUAAAAAAGGAGGCCCAAGAGGCCCCCAUUCUAGACCUCCACGGAAUGUCCGAUUCGGCACAAGGCGUGUUGAGGCACGUUAAAAACGAACUGGGGCGCAGCGGGGUUUGGAAGGAUCACUGGUGGAACACUGUGCAGCUGGACAGACGAAAUGCCGCUCCUCCAGUAGAGGAUCCCAAAGUGGAGGAGGCCAUCAGUGGGAAGGAGAAGGCCAGCAACCAGUCCCGGUCGGAUCGUAGCCAACAGCUCCAAGGGCCCUCUUCUUCGGACUACUGGAAGGAGUGGCCCAAUGCAGAGUCUCCCUAUUCCCAGAGCUCCGAACUGAGCGUGACAGGAGCGAGUCGCAGCGAGACACCGCAAAACAGCCCCCUCCCUUCCUCCCCCAUCGUCUCUAUGUCAAAGCCAUCAAAACCUUCCAUUCCUCCAUUGACCCCCGAGCAGUAUGAGAUUUACAUGUACCAGGAAGUGGAUACGAUAGAGCUCACCCGCCAGGUCAAAGAGAAGCUUGCAAAGAACGGCAUCUGCCAAAGGAUUUUUGGGGAAAAGGUGUUGGGUCUCUCCCAGGGGAGUGUCAGCGACAUGCUGUCCCGGCCAAAGCCCUGGAGCAAGUUGACGCAGAAAGGCCGCGAGCCAUUCAUCCGCAUGCAGCUCUGGCUGAACGGCGAGCUGGGACAGGGGGUCUUGCCCUCCCAGGGCCAACCGCAAAGCCAAGUCCUUCACUCUAUGUCAUCACUGCAAGAUUCCCUUCAGCAGGGAUGUGUGAGCUCAGAAAGCACCCCAAAGACAUCUGCCAGCUGCAGCCCCGCUCCCGAGUCGCCCAUGAGCUCCAGCGAAUCCGUGAAGAGCCUGACGGAACUGGUGCAGCAGCCCUGCCCGGCCAUCGAGGCGAGCAAGGACGGCAAGCUGCCCGAGCCGAGCGAGCCCUCCGCUUCGGAUUCCCAAUCCACAAUGCCAGUUCCCCUCUCCGGCCAUUCGUCACUCAGCAUCCAAGAGCUGGUUGCCAUGUCGCCAGAGCUGGACACCUACGGCGUCACCAAGCGCGUCAAAGAGGUUCUCACGGACAACAACCUUGCAUGGCUGACAAGCCCAAAAUGCAGCAGAAGAGGCAAGAAAUGUACCCCAAACCUUGCAUUAGGUCAGCGUCUCUUUGGGGAGACCAUCCUGGGGCUGACGCAGGGCUCGGUCUCGGACCUGCUGGCCCGCCCCAAGCCCUGGCACAAGCUGAGCUUGAAGGGCCGGGAGCCCUUCGUCCGCAUGCAGCUGUGGCUCAACGACCCCAACAAUGUGGAGAAGCUGAUGGACAUGAAGCGCAUGGAGAAGAAAGCAUACAUGAAGCGACGGCACAGCUCAGUCAGCGACAGCCAACCAUCAGAGUCCUCUUCGGCUGGCAUCGACUACAGCCAGGGCGCCAGCCCACAGCCGCAGCACCAGCUCAAGAAGCCCCGCGUCGUCUUGGCUCCCGAAGAGAAAGAAGCUCUGAAGCGAGCCUAUCAGCAGAAGCCAUACCCAUCACCAAAAACCAUUGAGGAGCUGGCCACGCAGCUCAACUUGAAGACCAGCACCGUCAUUAAUUGGUUCCACAACUAUAGAUCUCGCAUUCGCCGAGAACUAUUUAUCGAAGAAAUCCAAGCAGGAGGCCAGAGCCAAGCCGGGUUGAGCGAUUCUCCUUCGGCAAGAAGCAGCAGGGCAGUUCACAGCUCGGAAGGAGACAGCUGUGACGGGGUGGACCCAGAAGGCCCACCCGAAGCAAAGCCAGGCAGCCUGGACACAGACGAGUACUGCAAUGCAACCACAAAGUCUCAGGGAGGGCGAGCAGCAGCGUCAGCCAUUGAAGCGGGAGAAGAUGCUCUGCAGGACGCCAGAUCUUCAGAGAAAAUGGAGACAUUCCAGUUGGGAAUGGAGAGCCUGGAAGACACGGAUGACGAGGGGAGGCUCAAAGCGUCGCAUCCACAUUCUCCGCCGGGCUCUCAACAUUCAGGAGAAACUCUGGAGGCAACGCCAAACUCUGCUUCAGAAGAGGAUGCCUCUACCUCAGCUGCCGCCACCGCCACCUCACUCCUUACAGGGGAGGGCUCCUGCAAGUCAAAGGAGGAGGAGGAGGAAGGCGUGGAGAAAUUGCCCAGUGUGCCAAGUACCAGUUCCACGCCAGCCGCGGGCUCUCAGAAAACCAAUUAUCUGGAGAGUUUGUUUGGUUUUUCUGAGGCGGCCUGCGCCAAGAACACACGGGACAACACCUUGAGGAGGAAGAAGGCGGCCAACUUGAACAGCAUAAUCCACCGCUUGGAGAAGGCAGCAAGUCGGGAGGAGCCUGUGGAGUGGGAGUUUUGAGAUUAAGCUCACCCAACUCUAGAGAGCUGGGGAAGUUACAAACUUGGACCUCUGCUGGUUUUAAUUGUGUCCUGCACUUAACCGCCCUGCAGGCCCCAGGGCAAAAACGCCAUAGGCCAAGGUGCAUAUAGAGAACAGAAGGAGCGUUGAAGCCCAAUUCUAUGUUUUGUGUUUCUGAGGAAAGAAAACUGAAAUGUGUAAUCGAGCUUUUUGUACCCCAAAGUGUUUUUAUCAAUUGCCCUAAAGUGAUUUCCACAGUUUCUGGGGAAGAAAAAAAAACUCACACAGCUUUUGCCUUCUGCCCUCCUCUGGUGUGGGCUUUAAAACAAAUCAGCUAUCUAUCUAUCUAUCUAUCUCUCUCUCUCUCUCUCUCUCUCUCUCUCUCUCUCUAUAUAUAUAUAUAUAUAUAUAUACACACACACACACACACACACACACACACACACACAUACAACAAGAAGAAGAAAAAAAUCAAACCCACAUAUUUAAAAAGGGGGUGGGUGGGUUGCUUUUUAUCUGCCAUCUAAUGGCUUAAACAGAGCGAUAAUAAUACACUAUUAUCUUCUUUAACCAGGAAAAACAAAAUGAUGGGGAUGGGAGAUUUUUUUGAGGGGGAGGGGGGGGAGAAAAGGUUGUUUUGUAGCUGUUCAGUUGCCACUAAGAGAUUGCACAGUCAUCCCGACUCUAAACACACUAGUUUGAAUUCCUAAAUAUUUUCAAGAAAAAGAAUAUUGUUUGAAACUUGGGAUUUAAAAAAAUACACAGUUACUCCACGUAUUUUUUAAGCAAACAAAAAAAGUCACAUCAGGAAAAAUAUCUUAAUUUGUGGUAGCUGACUUCAGUGUUUUUUCUUGUAAAGUGGAAUAGAAAAAUUGACUUGUAGUGCACAUUGUUUCAUAGCUUUAACCAAUUCUGGUCUCUUUAUGGGCUGGGAUUUGUUUAAUACACUCCAUUUUAGGCCAAAUCAGGACAGAAAAAAGAAGAAGAAAAAUCUGAAAUCUAGGUAUUUUGUAAUCUGCUUUUUAACCUCUAACCACAGAGCACGCGGAUCAGACCUCAUUUCUAGGAGGUUUGGGAGACAACUUGGAAUGGGAUGUACUUGGAUCUACUACUACUACUACUACUACUACUACUACUAUUAUUAUUAUUAUUACGUUUAUAUCCCGUUCUUCCUCCAAGGAGCCCAGAGCGGUGUACUACAUACUUAAGUUUUAGUUGCGUGGUGCCAGCCUUGCAAAUUAAGUCAUACAAGUUCCUAGUCCUCAGCAGCGUAUACCAGCCCUGUUAGAAAACCAACCACCAGCUUUUUGAACUAAAAGAAUUUGCCUAGUCGCCUGAGGCUAUUCUUAAUUUAUCGCAGGCGAUCAGGUGGGUGGCUGACUAUGAGCUUAAGUUCUGCGCAGUACCAUUUUUGGUUGAUGAGAAAGACUGAAACAUUGGUUCAGUACAGAAAGAGAGGGAGUAGAGGUGCAUCUUGCUACAAGAAGCACUUGGAACGCUUUCCGUCUAGACAGGAGUCUGUCCGAUCAAUUGCCCUGCUGUUUGCUCCCUGUCGCGCAUCCUAACAAACUUGACACUGGGAAAGAUCAAAUCCUGUUUUAGCCAGUCAUUUUCAUCACCUUAAGUCAUUGGUUAAUCAGAGACUGUGAUCCCACAACAAGCACUGAUUUCUAUACGUUUCCGUUGUGGGGAGCAACAUGUGUGUAUGCGUACAUGUACACACAUGCACGCACCAAAAGAGAGCAGAGGGAGUGCGUGGCAUUUGAUUAUUAUGACUGCAGAACUGUUCACCCAAACCGUGGCGCCUGUCAGAGCGGUCAGCUCUUCCACUUCCUUCAUGGGCAACUGCCACAAGGCUGAUCGAAGUACGGAUCCAGCUUCCAACUUGUCUCCAACGCCUCCUGUUGUCUAUGUAUAAUAUGCGUGAGGAUAGCGAUGCGUGGAAGGAUGAGUGCACGAGCGUGUGAGCAUUGCGUGUAUGUGUGCGAUUUUAUACGCCGGUAUUUUCUUACGUACGUGUGCACACACGGAGUGCAUUACUGCCACCUUUUCUCAAUAAGCUGUUUUAUCAGUUAUGGCUUCUACAAUUUUGCUGAUUUAGACUCCUUUAUUGCCAUAUCUUUAAAACUAACAAUAGAUGAUUUUGGUAUAUAUAUAUUUUUUUUGCUUAUUUAUAGGUGCUGUAUUUUAUUAUCUGAUUGUUAGGAAGGGAUGAAAGGGGGCAAAUAUUCUUUAGAGGGAUAGACUGCCGGCAGUAUUGGGUAUAAUUUACAAGAUGUAGUUGUCAUACUGUAUAUUAUUGACAGACGAUCUUUUUUUUUUUUUUUUUUAAACACCGUAUUAUAUAUCAUGGAAAACUUUUGUCUUAGGUCAGCCUCUUCUAAUGAAACUUUAAUGGUGCA